UUAUGAAGUGUGACAUUCAAGUCGAUGACGACAUCUGUACUUAUAUAAUGUUUUGAAUAUGGGAAGUAAUGCUGUGUAUUUAUAUUUUUUAUUCUGGAUGAUAUGGAAAGCCAACAUAAGUUUGAGCAUCGUACCAGACCCUUGCGGAAUGGCCAAGCCGAGCACUCAAGUAACUAAUAUGUGUCAAGGUGGUUAUGCAAUAGAAAAUAUUGGUGAAUCGAAGGACGGGUAUGUAAUAUAUCAUGUAACACUACGCGUAAGGACACAGGAAGAUAAUUGCAUAUGCCUGGUAUUUGUUGAAAAUCAAAGUCAAAAAAAUCUCCAAACAACUAUAGAACCAUAUAUGACAUUAAACAGUACUAGUGCAUCACCAAAGAAGAAAGAAUGCGGAUUGGAACUGAACCUUGAAUUGUAUCAGAUGGACAUCAAACAAAAUGAUUUGGAUAAAAUUGGAUGCACAUCUGGACAAACUUCUCGUUCAUUGUCGUUUCCAAGAAAUGGUGUGUUAAGAUUUACUUCAAACGUUAUUGAUGGAAAUUUAACAAGAGGAUACUGUAUCGAUGUACAAAGAGGACCAGUGGGUGGUCAUAAUGACACUCUGAAGAUAGUUUGUGGCGAACCUGGGGUAACACCAUCCCUACACAUGACAACUACACAGUCUCCAGAUAAUUUCACUUGUCUUCCGACAGCUACAGAUUCCACAUCAAAGGACCACCCAACGUCACCAGGUUCAUUAAUGAACAAUACUGAUAAUUCUACAAUAUACAUAGAAGCUGGAACAAGUGCUGGCGUCCUAUUAAUACUGACAUUGGUAAUAGUGAUCAUAUUCUGUAAAAGAAAAUCAUUAAACAAAACCCGAAAAGCACCGGAAACAAACAGGCCGGACAUAGCUCUUACCAAUGAACAAGAUGAUCCAAAUUACGACGGAUUGAAAUACAACGUGUUAUAUAUAUCAGCAGAAUAUGCAGAUAAGUUUGGAGGUGACAAUAGUACUGUUAACAAUGAAAAUCCACAUACAAAUUAUACAGUCACAGAGCACGAUGUAAACUAUAGCACUGUUGGAGACCUUGUACCCCGUACGCUUUCAAGAGACGCGCCGCCGAAUGGAAACCCACAGAGUUGCGAUUUAGUGCCAGGAUAUGAGAAUAACAAUGAUACUGAGGUCUCUAAAUUUGAUAAUGUUAUUCCUCAAGCUAGAAAUUGUAAUGUGUAUGCAGCCGUAGACAAACAGCGUGUUAUGGUUGAUAGUAAUAGCAAACCUGACAAUUCUUCUCACAUAUAUGCUGUGGUAGACAAAACAAAACAAUUCAAGACCAGAACAUAGCAGUGGUUUGAAUAGACUUAGGUGAAAUUAGGAAAAGAUAUAGAGAGUUUGAAAUUGAUACUAUAAAUCCGAAGAGCAUAAGUUAAAGAACCAAAUAAGCUAAAAUAUUGAUAUGUUAAUACGUUAUGGAACUACUUUUUAAGAUGUUUGAUUAUCCUGAAAAGGCGGGAAAAGGCUGAUUCGGAAUUUUGCAUUAACUGUAUAUUGCUCUCUUUAUAAUCACAAAAACAAUAUAUAUAUAUAUAUAUAUAUAUAUAAUCUGCCUACAUUUAUGGAAAUGAACUUUUUAUUAGCUACUGAAGUCUUCUAUGAAACGGAAAGUGAGUGUUAUGGGGAAAAUAUUUUACCCUGUAUCGUAGGAAAAAACCGAUGGAGUCCUAACAUCUGACAAAAAUUCCCAAACCUGACCUUAAUUUACAAUCAUCGGCUGUUUGCCAUUAAUUUUAAAGUUAACAGAUAUCUCAAAGAUCCAUACUAUAAUUUUAGAAAACAUUAGGUAAAUAAGAUGCAUGAAUCCUAAAUUAUGCACCUUCAUUGAUCUUUUAAGACCAGAGAUGUUAGCAAUUCAAAUACAACAACUUGACAUGGCAUUAUUUAUUUUUUCUUCUCUAAUAAAGAGUUCCGUUUCUUG